UUGAAAGAGGAAGUAACUGCCCUUUUCAACAGCUCUCUAUUUCGGUUAACAUCGUGUCCCAACAACUGAAACUUUCACAUAUUCUGGAUAAGAGUGUGGAGAGUUUUGUUUCUAAAUACCCGCCGAAGUGCCGUUGAAUCCCUCAUAUUCUUUCCUAGGGAUUUUCUUUUUGAGUCAGCAUCGUUGUGAUGUAACUUAUUUAGUUAUCAAGAGCAAUCUUUCAUUGUUUUAUCUCAUAAUAUGAGCCCACCGGCUCGUGACUGAGCAGCGGACUCGGCGAGAGAAGGCGACAGAGUUGGAAUUAGAGGAAACACAGCAGCGAAGUCCGGGGUCUGCUAGUCUUGGAGUUCAGAAGUCCAAAGAAUCACUUCUGCCAAUAAUAAACUUCAGCAAAGAAGAUGUCUGAGAGAGUAAAUCACCUACCUUACUUCUUUGGCAGCAUCACACGAGAUGAAGCGGAGAGCUUCCUGAAGCAGGCUGGAAUGGCUGAUGGCCUCUAUCUUUUACGUCAAAGUCGCAACUACCUUGGGGGCUUUGCCUUAUCUGUGGCAUAUGGUGAUAAGUGUUACCACUAUACUAUAGAAAGAGAAUUAAGUGGAAAUUAUCUCAUAGCUGGCGGAAAGUCCCACAAAAGUCCUGUGGAUGUUUGUGAAUACCAUACUGAAUCAACUGAUGGCCUUGUCUGUCUUCUGAAAAAACCAUGUAAUCGACCAAGUGGGAUUGAACCGAAAAUUGGACCAUUUGAAGACCUGAAGGACCAUCUCAUCAGGGAAUACGUUCAACAGACAUGGAAUUUGCAGGGGGAUGCUCUUGAACAGGCAAUCAUCAGUCAAAAGCCACAGUUGGAGAAACUAAUUGCAACAACUGCCCAUGAGCGAAUGCCCUGGUUUCAUGGGAAGAAAUCCCGAGACGAUGCUGAACGCUGCAUGCUCAGAGGCCCGCGGACAAAUGGAAAAUUUCUAGUAAGAGAUCGUGAUGACAAGGGAUCGUAUGCUCUGUGUUUGUUUCACGACGGCAAAAUAUAUCAUUAUCGGAUUGACAGGGACAAAACAGGGAAGCUAUCCAUUCCAGAUGGGAAAAAGUUUGACACUCUCUGGCAGAUGGUUGACCACUACUGUUACAAGUCAGAUGGCCUUCUCCGCGUUCUCACGGAGCCAUGCCCAAAUCCCGACCAGCCAGUCGAUUCUCUUGGAUUAACUCCAGCACCACCCAUUCCAGGUCACCAUCCCCGGAAUGAGGGAGAAGGUGGAAUAUUCUCCAGAAUCAAAUCCUCAUCCUUUCCAAAGUAUGGUUCCAAAAAGAAAUCAACAAUGGUUGACCGUUCUCCUAGUGCAACAACUUUUAACCCAUACAUGCCCAGGCCAAAUAGAGGAGGAGAAGAAGGAGGUGUACGGAGUGAUGCCAUGCCAAUGGAUACCAGCGUCUAUGAGAGCCCUUAUGCUGACCCUGACGAGCUGCAGGGAAAGACACUUUAUUUGCAAAAUGAUUGCCUCACGCUGGAAGAGAAGGAACUUGGAUCUGGUAACUUUGGUACAGUAAAGAAAGGAAUUUACAAAAUGAGGAAGAAAAAUAUAAGCGUAGCAGUAAAAGUAUUGAAGAGUGAUGAUCCUGCAGUAAAGGAUGAGCUGAUGAAGGAGGCUCAAUUCAUGCAUCAGCUUGAUAACCCCUAUAUCGUCCGCAUGAUUGGCAUCUGCGAGCGAGAGUGUUUAAUGCUGGUGAUGGAACUUGCUGAACAAGGCCAAAUGAAUAAAUUUCUAAUGACUCACAAAGACGUUAGCAUUACCAACAUAGUUGAAUUGGUACAUCAGGUAUCCAUGGGCAUGAAGUACUUAGAAGAGAAAAAUUACGUGCACCGAGAUUUAGCGGCGAGGAAUGUUCUCCUUGUAACUCAGCAUUAUGCUAAAAUCAGCGACUUUGGUCUAUCAAAAGCCAUAAACUCUGAGGAGAAUUAUUACAAGGCCAAAAGUACAGGUAAAUGGCCAAUAAAGUGGUAUGCACCAGAAUCCAUUAACUACUACAAGUUUUCCAGCAAAAGUGACGUCUGGAGCUUUGGUGUGAUGAUGUGGGAAUCGUUUUCCUAUGGGCAAAAGCCAUACAAAGGAAUGAAGGGCCAAGAAGUUGUACAAAUGAUCGAAGCAGGCCGGCGAUUGGAAAUACCAGCCAGAUGUCCUGUUGAAAUGUUUGAAUUGAUGCAAGAAUGCUGGACAUACAAAGCAAAUGAACGGCCAGGAUUUGUUACUGUGGAACACAAGCUGCGUGAAUUCUACUACAACAUUUCAAAGGAGUAGAAUACUUAACAAGAAUCUUGCAGAUUCUUUAGAUAGAAUUUGAUAAUAUUUGUAUUUGCCAUGCUGUUUAUAAGCAAGUUAUACUCAGUGAUAAAAAUGCAACUGCCUCAAUACAUUAUAUAUGAAAUAAAUGUAGGAAGAACAAAAAGCUUUAUUUCCACCUGGGAGAUGAAGACCUCAAAGAGCAAAACUGCUUAUUUCAGGAUUCCAUCAAUUUACCCUUUAUCUUUCUGCUGGUUGUAUGACAUUCACAGUAUUUAAGGAAUUGACCCUGCAUAGGCUAUGCUGAAUCCUCCAUCAACUACUUUUCUAAAGAACAGUAGCUUCCUUGGUAAAAGGGAUCUUACAGUAGAACCACUGGCUUAAGUUUAAUUUUGCCAUAUCUGCACUGCUUUAGUGUUUCCAAGAAUUAAAAAAAAUCAUAAAAUUUAAUGAUAAGGUUCUUUCUGAUUUACAUUUACUGUGGUAAAAGACAGCACAAAACACUGUUACUCUUGAGUCAGUUAAAUAUUAAACAAAUAUUCUGGUAUUUAUAUGCAAAGCAAUGCAGUUUAGAUUUUCUGUCUGUGAUUUAGAAAGAGGCAAGUGGUUUGAAUUAUAAGUCACAUGAUUACAUGGUUUUGGAAUCAGAUGCAGAGGAAUGUAAUGGUUAAUUGUAUUGAAAGCUGCUUCCAUUCCGUUUCUACAUCCAACUUGACUGUGUAAGACUCUGCAUAUGUAGCACCACUGGAGGGCUGAGUUUCUCAUCUUAGUACAUUUGUCACGAGUCCAGAGUGAUAUUUAAGACGGUUAGUAAGUUUAACUAUGGGACCAAAUGAUUUUCCAAGCUACUUGGAACUCACAUACAAAGAGCUAAAUGACUGCCAGGCAAUUACCUCUUUAAAUACUGUGAUAUUUGUGGUAGCCUUUUUGGCCACUGCCCUGAAAGACCUUAUUCAUGGAAUGUGUUGUUUCAGGUGAAUGAAUGGAUGGAUAGAGAGCUUUUCAAAAGAUGACAAUAAGAAAGAUACAUGACAUUCCAUAAGUAUGGGAGUGAAUAUCCAUGGUGGCUGAACAAAUGGGGAUAUACAGAAAGUGAAAAAGAAAUACCAGGGAGAGUGGGGUGGUCGAACCUUCAAGACGAUUGGAGAGCUCAUGUUAAGAGUGAUUUGCUAGAGUUGUCUAAAAGGGCAGAAUUAGGUGCUUAGAAACAAAUACACAUCAGGAUGUAGCUGAAGGGGCUAUUAGUCACCUUUCCUGCUCUGAUUAACUUCUUGAGCAGGUUUUUCUACUGAAUUUGGAACUUUGAAUCCCCAAGUUUUCAGCAUCAAUUCAAUAGUCAAGUUGAAAUUGACUCAUACUUCCUUUAUCACUCAAUCUAAUUGGUCAGAAAACCUGAACAGAUAUAUCAUUUUCUUUCACAGAGUGCAUGGUGAAUCUCUAGAAUUGUACAUCUGGGUGGACUGUGGAGGCUAGAUCACUGGGAGUAUUUAAAGAGGUGGUGAACACACUUCUGGAACAUUGGGGAAUUUAGGCCUUCGGGGAAUUGGCCAAGAAGAUAAGGUGAACCUGGUGCAGAUCAGCCAUUAUUAUCUUGAAUGGUGAGGCAGUUUUGUGAGGCCAAGUGGCACAUUCUGCCUACUAUUUCCUUUUCUGAGUGUGUGUGCUGCGGUUGUGUGUGUGUGUGAGACCUCUAUGCAUAUUUUGCCCCCAUCACCUUCAACUUCCAGCAUGCCAGCAACUCAAAGUUUAGCCCAGAACUUAAAAUUAAGACCAUAAGACAAAGGAGCAGAAGUCGGCCAUUCAGCCCAUCGAGUCUUCUCCACCAUUUCAUCACGAGCUGAUCCAAUCUCCCCUGUAGUCCCAUUCCCCCGCCUUCUCACCAUAACCUUUGAUGCUUUGACUACUCAGAUACCUAUCAAUCUCUGCCUUAAAUACACCCAAUGACUUGGCCUCCACUGUUGUCCAUGGCAACAAAUUCCAUAGAUUCACCACCCUCUGGCUAAUAAAUUUUUUUCGCAUCUCUGUUCUGAAUGGGCGCCCUGCAAUCCUCAAGUCAUGUCCUCUCGUACUAGACUCCCCCACCAUGAGAAACAACUUUGCUACAUCCACUCUGUCCAUGCCUUUCAACAUUCGAAAUGUUUCUAUGAGGUCCCCCCUCAUUCUUCUAAACUCCAAGCAGUACAGUCCAAGAGUGGUCAAACGUUCCUCAUUCCCAGAAUCGUUCUGGUGAAUCUUCUCUGAAAAUAGAUGGGAAUAUAUGCAAAAUGCACUCAUAACUAAGAAUGUGAAAGUCAUGAUAACAAUUUAAACUUCAAUUUUUUAGUUAAAGUUUGAAUAAAAGAUCCAUUUAUCUGACUACAGUUAAAGUACAACAACACCUAUCGUAUUGAGAUUCUAUCUGCAAUCUUGUUAGAUCAGAAAGGUUACAUCUACCUGUAAUUAACAUUGCCAUUGCAAUAUUACUGUAUGAUAUCAGUGAAUCACUAAAACUUUUAUGUAUCCACUUGACCAAUAACUCACUAAAUGGAAGAUUUUGCUUUCAAAACACAAGCUCAAAUGUUUCAAGAUUCAUGGAAGUUAGAUCACUGAGACUCAAUACAUCUUGUCACCUGGCAUGAGGGAGACAAGAAAGAAAACCCAGUAUUAAUAAAGAAAACUUGCUCAGGACAGCCACAUGAUCCAGGUGAUCACAUGGAUAUUAUAAGAAGAAUUCUCUUCAAUACAAAGUGAUUUCUACCCCAGUCACAGACUGUCACUGAAAAGAUUGCAGACGUUAAGUUAAUGUAAUAAUGAUGUGCCUUCCUACAAUUUAUGUCAUUGUGAUGUGUACUUAUGAAAGAUUGAAAAGAUGUACUGUGUUUUCAUUAAAGUUGUGCCUU